CAAUAACUAAGAAUUUAAGAUGAACGCUUGGUUCAAAUUCCUCCUGUUUUCGCUGGUCCUGGGACUCGCUAAGGGGGCCCCCUUCAUUCGAGUGGUCAUAUUGGCUGGUUUGGGCUUAGCUGGUCUCUGGAUGGUCCACACUUUGGCGCAAGAUUUCAGCUCCAUCCAGAACAACGGAGGCAUCAACUUUAAUCCGUCCGGCGGGAGGGAAAUAUUCAAGAGGUCUACCCAGGAGGCAGAUAUGCCUGUAAUCGAUUGGGAGAUGGUGCUAUCCAGGGACCCUGCGAGCUGUGCCAGAAGCUUCUUGUGUCAAUUGGUCGCUACCGAAAAGGAGCUUCUGACCGCCGAGGAGAAGCUUAUGCUGAAGUUAGUUAGAUAUUCUGCGCAUGAAGAUACUUGGGCCAGUAAGCAGUUACAGGAUGCUUUGAGGAAAGGUGAAAAAGUCGCGAAACCCAGUCAGUGCAUGAAGAUUUAUAAAUUUUGCCCGUAUACUAGUCAAAUGAUGAUGGUGCUGUUGAAAUUGUUUGGGAAAUGAUUCUAUUCUAUGUGAUAAUUUAAUGUAGGACGUGGAAAAAUAUCUUAUGGAAAUUGGAGAUUUUUGGAGUUUUCUUGUAGUUUUUGAUUUAAGAGAUACAAGUCCUCAACCUGAUGUUUAAUUAGGUAAUUAAGAGUCGAGGGAUUUAGAUAUUUUCCACUUGUAUGUCUGUACAUCUAAUAAAAUUAAUGAGAAACCUUAAAUUUUAAGAUUCUACAUGUUUGUAGUCGAUAUUUGUAUAGGUUUU